UCAUCUGCAGUCGCCUUAUCGGAUGAUCGCACUCCAAUAAUGCUUAUAUUAAUAACCUUAAAAUCAGUCUAUAAAAUUGUCAAUAUUCAUAUUCCAUCUUCAUCACUUGUACCUAUAAGCCACUCUCUUUCCUUUUCCACUCUCAAUAUGGCAACAGAAGCUUCAAGCACUGAUCCUACUAAUAUCACAAUUCCAUCUCAUACAAAAGCUUGGUUCUACUCACAACAUGGAAAACCAUUAGAUAUUCUAAAGUUACAUCCUAAUUGGCCUAUACCACAACUCAAACAUGAUCAACUUCUCAUUAAGGUUGUCGCUGCUUCCAUUAAUCCUGUUGAUUACAAGAGGAUGCAUGCUUUGUUCAAGGACUCUGACCCUCAUCUUCCUAUUGUACCAGGCUUUGAUGUUGCUGGCAUAGUAAUCAAAGUGGGAAGUGAAGUGGUGAGAUUUAAGGUUGGAGAUGAAGUAUAUGGUGAUAUUAAUGAAGAAGGACUUUCAAACCUAAAGAGUCUUGGAACUUUGUCUGAGUAUACAAUAGCUGAAGAGAGGUUAUUGGCUCAUAAGCCAAAGAAUCUAAGCUUCAUUGAAGCUGCUAGUGUUCCUUUAGCUAUGGAGACUGCUUAUGAAGGACUUGAGAGAGCUGACUUUUCUGCUGGAAAAUCUAUUCUUGUUCUGGGAGGUGCUGGUGGAGUUGGAAGUUUUGCUAUUCAGCUUGCCAAGCAUGUUUAUGGUGCAUCUAAGAUAGCAGCAACUUCUAGCACCGGAAAACUCCAAUUUUUGAGGAAUUUGGGAGUUGAUUUGCCUAUUGAUUAUACAAAGGAGAACUUUGAAGAUCUUCCAGAAAAGUUUGAUGUAAUUUAUGAUGCAGUAGGACAAGUUGAUAGAGCUGUGAAGGCUAUUAAGGAAGGUGGAAAAAUUGUGUCAAUAGCACCUCCUGGAUUUCCACCAGCUAUUUUCUUUGUGCUUACUUCUAAAGGAUCUAUCUUAGAGAAGUUAAGACCUUACUUUGAAAGUGGUCAAUUGAAACCAGUUCUUGACCCUAAAACUCCAGUGCCAUUUUCUGAUGUCAUUGAAGCUUUUUCCUACUUGGAAACCUCAAGAGCAGUUGGAAAAAUUGUCAUUUAUCCCAUACCCUAAACUAUUGUGUUAAGUUGUGAAGUAGCAACAAUGUUUAGUAGUUAAAUACAAAGUUACUCCAUGAGGUGUAAGGUUGAUUUGUGUUGAGAGAUCUAUAUUAUCUAAUGCGAUUGUAAAUUUAUGUUCUAAAAUUAAAUGGAAUUGGAUCUUAACAGUUCAUCAA